AUGCCGUACACCUGCAAGCCCAUCUUGCCUCACUUCGCGGCCACCGUUGAGGGCUUCUCAUUGGAUGGACGCGAUCCCCUUCCUGCAGAGGUGGUGGCAAGGAUCAAAGAUGACAUGAAACACUAUCGGGUCCUGGUGUUCAAGGGCCAGGGCCGAUUGAGCGGUGAACGACAGGUGCAGAUUUCCAAGCAGUUGGGAACAAUCGAGAGCACUUUCUACAAACAUCCCAAGAGCCCUCACCCAGACAUUUUUCGAGUGUCCAACGAUGAGAGGGAAGGAUGCGUGGGCGUGGGGAGAACUGGAUGGCAUAUUGAUGGGACUUUUCAAUGGAAGCCCUUCAAGUACCAGACCAUGCACUUUCAUAGCGUUUGUGAAGGAGGUGAAACCUGGUUUGUGCCUUUGAAGGAGUUUUACGAGAUGCAAGACCAGGAGAUCGGUUCGAGAGAAUAUGACUGUUUCAAGCUUCAUGACUUAGGCUGGGACAAGUAUUGGAUGGUCUCCAGUGAAGGUCUUGCACAUCCAUUGGUCUAUCGACAUCCUGUGAGGGAGGACACGAGCAUGAUGUUUCAUUGUGGACCUCCUUUUUGUGCUGCAGUUGCAGUGGAUUCUGAUGGGGAUUCAUCAAAGAGGAAAGCCGUGAAAACUGCGGUGAAAUUGCUGCCCCCACAUGUCGUCCAGGAGGAGUUGACUCAGCGUCUUGACGAUGCCGUAGAGAAGAUUGGCAUCAAGAUGAGCUGGGAGGAGGGCGACUUCGCCAUCAAUGAUAACUUGGGAAACUGUCAUUACGCCUCGCCUGGCACGCAGAACUCCAAGCACAAAGCAGGGCUGAGGAUUCUGCAUCGCACCACUGUGGCGGGUGAAGACAUACCUGCCAAGUUCGAUGGGCGAGCAUCGUUCCAGCUAGAUGUGUAA